ACUCGAUAUAUAAGAAUUUUUCAAAAGGAAUUUUCUUUGUUACAUUCCGACAUUUAUUAAAUAUAUAUAAGUACGGCAACCAUACGUACUGGAUUAUGACUGGAUUAUCAUUCAUACAAAUUUUCGGUAUUUAUGUUGUUAUCAUUUUUGAAAUAUUAUUUAAUUUACGUGAUGAGGCGUUUGAAUGCUGAAGACAUUUAGGCGCAAGAAAUUUUCAUAUAGGAAAGUUAAGAAAACGGAGCGACCCUAAUUAUUUUAUUUCUGGACUGACAAAAAUUCGAUAGUCAAUUUUUAUUUAUUUGGACUUUAGAUAAUGAUGAAAUCAUCUACAGUUACGACAACCAUAUUUCCAUAAAUCCCUUACUUAUCCCUUUGCUUAUGGAAAAUUACAAUUCUCAAAAUAAUCUUUAUGCACUUUACUGAGAGUAUUUUUUUUUUCUUAAGUCUAAUUGGCAGAUUGGUAUGUAGAAGACAAGGCGCAAUUUUCACUAGCUAACUGAUUAAAAUUCGAAAACGUUUCAGAAUCUGACAGUCAUUUUUGUGCUUUACAAAGAGAAUAAAAUAAUAAAAUAUACUUCCGAUAAAUAAUGCACACGUAUACUGCAAUCAACUUGAUUCGAAAUUGCUUUCAGAAUUCAUUUCAAACGAAUACUUUUUAAAAAUAUUUUGAAAAAAAUCACACACGGAAAAGAGAAAAAUAAUCGAUUUAAGCUCUGUAUAUUGAAACUGAAAUUAAAACGAAAAAAAGGCAGGAAGAGAGAAAACAGUAGAAAACGCGUCAAUAUGUCAAGCAUGGGAAUAGACGAGCCUGAAACCGAAGAAUUUCCAGAUAUGGAUGUCGUGUAUGACAAUUUGCCAUCUUGCAGUACAUCGCCUCAACAGAAACGUUUUCUUGUAAAGAAAUGGCGAGCCCAAGCUCUAUGGUCAUGGGAUGUCGCCGUGGACAAUUGCGCCAUAUGCCGCAACAAAAUAAUGGAUUUGUGCAUUGAGUGUCAAGCUAAUCCCUUAUGUUUGACUACCAAGGACGAAUGCACUGUUGCCUGGGGCGCUUGCAAUCAUGCCUUUCAUUUCCAUUGCAUUUCGCGUUGGUUGAAAACGAGGCAAGUCUGUCCACUAGACAAUAAAGAAUGGGACUUCCAAAAGUAUGGCCGUUAAAAGGAGAAAUUAAUUGUGUUAAUGCAUAUGUUUCUGCGGGUCUUUUUUAUGUACAUUUGUAUACAAAAUUUGUGGUCUUUUUACAAGAGAGAACAACAAUAAUAAAUGUAUUUAGAAAAAUUUUCCAAAUGUAUAUGAUUUUAAUAUACGUACAUAGACAUAUUUAUAUAUGUCGGUAGACUGGCAUACUGGCAAAGAUAGUUCUAUUUUAACGUCUAUUAGUUAGGGUUUGGUUGUAUUGAACUAAAUAUUUGCACCAAGAAAGUAACCGACGAGGCAUGGUCUUAAAAUUAAAUUUGUUGUUGUAGUUCGGACACCUGUAAUCGGUAAAAAUUUUCAAGAAUUCUUAUGGUUUCAACAAAAAAUAAUUGUAUUUUAAGUGCGAGCAAGACACAGCAAAGAAUAUAUCGUAGAACGAAUCAUUUCGUACCGUCCAUCCUCUUAUCAAUCAAUUGCAGAUCAAAUAUUUCCACAAACACGCAAAAAUAUCCCCAAAAGAGAUAAGAUUUUGUAUGUGUCAGCAUAAAUAGCGAAAUCGUUUAAGAAUCGUUUGCGUUGUUGCAAACAUUCACACGCUUGUUGAAGUUGUGAUUACGACUGGAGUAAACUUGAUUGGAAAUCAGAAAAAUCGAUUCUCUGAUGUGAUCAUAAUUACUAUAAAUAUGUCUAACGUCCCCCUUAUUUUCAAAAAAUGUGAGAAAUUUAGGCUCAGAGCUCUAAUGUGAAUUUGACACGUUUCCUUAACACAAUCUCCACGUCCCAAUCAAACAAAGAGAACGACCGCAAUUAGCAGAAAAUAUAA